AUGGAAGUGGAGGUGCGUUUGGCUGUUCUUGUCCCAUCAACGCCACUCUCGCAUUCACAACUCAUCCUCGUCGAACAACAACCAUCAACCAGUCAGACACAACAAGAGCGUCCAGUGCUAUGUCUUCCGCGAAUGAACGUUGCCGCCAACGAGAGCUCGAUCAUCGAGGCUGUUUGUAGACGUCUCAAGAAAUACCGUAUCCGUCGAGCGAUCGAGAUCCCGUUAUGGCGAAACGAUCGUCAAAUGGGCGAUCAAUCACAUGAUCGGGCCCUUCAACGAACUCGGGGCGUCAAAAUAACGACUCUCGUUUGUCUACCGGUGGCGAAAUUCGAAGAAGUCGAGAUAAUCGGUGGCAGAAUGGAGAAAAUGGGAGUGCUUUUGGAGUUGUGCGCGAGGAUGAGUGGAUUGAUCGAAACACAAACGGCAUUGCAGUUGAGGAGGAUUGACGAAUGGUUGACCUCACUAACCAUCCCGGCUUUACUCUUGACGAGUCCGGCCGUCGAUCGAGUCUCCCGUUGUGCGCACAAUCCGUCAAUUGGCCCACCGAACACCUGGAAUUGCUAUAAAGUGCCACUCGAAGAACCACAAAGACAAACAGGAAACGGGAGUGAAAUCGAUCAACAGGUAGCCCGUGGGAACAGUGCCCGUUUAAGAAUGGUAAAGUACGAGAAAUUCGACAAGUUCGUGAUGAAUCCAUUGUUCGGAACCGGAUUGCACACCCGGGUUUUCGCUGAUGAGCUAUCCGUUCGCUCAACCACAAUCUACGAGCGCCGCGGGAAGAGAACCUCCACGGUGACCACUUCAUCGCCGCCGCGAAGUGCCGAGGAUUGGGGAUCAAGAUAUCCAUUGCAUAAAGCCGCCUAUAUUGGAGACGCACAACUUAUACAAAACCUUCUUCAACGAGGUCAAGAUCCGAAUGAGUCGGAUCGUGACUCGUGGACUCCACUCCAUUACGCGGCUUUCUACGGUCGACUGGACGCGAUUCGGGCUUUGUUGCAAGGAGCUGAUAUUGAGGUAAACGCCCGGAACAAGGGCGGCGCAACAGCGCUUCACCUGGCGGCUCUGAACGCGCACGCCUUCGCUGUCGAGUUGAUGCUCAGUCAUCCAUCGAUUGAUAUUAAUAUCAUCAAUCGAAACGGUCAACGGGCGGCUGAUCUCUGCCGGGACGUUCACCGAAAAGAGUGGCAAGAUGUGGCCAAGUUGUUGGAUCGGGGGAUAAGGCCAAAGAAACAGCAAGUAGACUUUGUCGAUCUUUCAAAUGUGAUGGUCGAGCUGGUCUCCGGGAAUGAUACGACAGCUGAAGAGAUUCUUAUUCGGAUCUUCAAAGAGCUUUCCUUUGAUGAUUCCUGUCAACCACUUUUCGCCUUGUGGAUUGUGUCGGAUCGACUUUCUUUACAACUUCGAAACGAUCACAAAGUGAUGCACCAUUUAGCGCCAAAGAAAUGGAAUAUGAAACGUUGGGGAACAGCGAUCGAGAACAGCAGCACGAGAACGGAUAAACCGAGAUUGAUGAUGAAAAGGAAUGCGAAAUGCCCCUUGGAUACGGAGAGAAAGGUGAAAAUGAACGAUCGCGUGGUGACCUUACUUUACGAAGAGGCCCGUCAACUCUUUUUAAAGGGUUUCUAUCCGUGCAAUGAGAAAGAUGCGGCAAAACUCGCCGCUUACUCGAUAGCGAUCAUUUAUGGAUCAAAUCAUCGGAUAAGUGAACCAAAUCUAAAAGUGGCACUGCCAGCGCAUCGAAUCCGUGGCGAUCCGAAGAAAGCUUUGGCGAAGAUUACAAAGGAAUACAAUGAUCCGCAACUACGAAAAGCUCACAUUUUACUUCUUCAACAACUUUUUCUCGAUCUUUGCCGAACUUUUGGACCUUAUGGAGCUCACUUUUUCGAUGCUCAGCUUUACAUUAUCAAGCCAUUCCAAUCGAUUGUCCCGGUGAGAGUUGGAGUGAACGAUGAUGGACUACAUAUUAUCAAUGAUGAGACGAAAUCGUUGAUGGGAAGAUACUCGUUACAGAGUAUCCGCUGGGAACCACCCGGGGAAACUCGUCCCUACAUCGAUGUCUCUGUGCCGCGAGUGGCCGAUUUUCGAAUCACCACCAAACAAGCUCAUCACAUUCACAUGUUGCUAUCGAAUCUCUGCGGAAAAUAUUCAAAAGGUACCCCAUUGUCGAGUGCCUCGUUAUCAAAA